AUGUUUAGUUGCCUCGUGGGUCUGGGGUGGCGCGGGUUGGUCCCCCUCGCGUUCCGUAGCUCAGGUCAAGCGCGAAGCUCGUCUUGUCCGAUGGACCUGGGGUCCCUUCGGAAAAGCUACCGGGGAGAUGAGGAGGCUUUUGAGGAGAAAGACCUUUCCUCCCUUGACCCCAUUAAGCAGUUCUCUGUAUGGUUCGAAGAGGCUUUGAAGUGUCCCUCCAUUGGGGAAGUCAAUGCAAUGUGUUUGGCCACCUGUACAAGGGAUGGAAGGCCCUCUGCGCGAAUGCUCCUUUUGAAGGGGUUUAGCCAGGAAGGCUUUUGCUUCUUCACCAACCAAGAGAGCCGUAAAGGAAGGGAACUGGACUCCAAUCCAUUUGCUUCACUUGUCUUCUACUGGGAGCCCCUCAAUCGCCAGGUGCGGAUUGAGGGCUCCGUGGAGAGGCUGCCCGAUCAGGAGUCUGAGAAAUACUUCUACUUGCGACCGAAGAGCAGCCAAAUUGCGGCUGUUGUGAGCAAUCAAAGUACAGUGAUUGCAGGCAGAGAGUAUUUGCGGAAGAGAAAUGCAGAAUUGGAAGAGGUGUACCGUGAGGCCACAGUGCCUAAGCCGGCUUACUGGGGAGGCUACAUCCUGAAGCCAGACGUCAUAGAGUUCUGGCAGGGCCAAACCAGCCGUCUGCAUGACCGCAUCGUCUUCAGAUACCUCCAGAGCAGCAGCGCACCCUUGGGGCCCAUGACCCACAAAGGGGCUGGCAACUGGGUGUACGAGAGACUUUCGCCUUGAAAACUUGGGGC